AAACGAAUAUGGAAAGUCAAGCUAACUUUACUGCGGUGGGCGGAGCAACUGCAAGCGUUUGUGUUCAAGCUUUUUUUCCAGCUGGGUUCAGCUGCGGAAGAUCAUCUGAAGUGUACAGAGCAGGAGAUCGACAGCUUCUAGCACCCAGGCAGACUUGCAGAGGUCCUCACUUCUCUCUCCAUGUUGUUCCUGAAUCCCCUUCAGUCACUGUGGACUGCAUGGCAAUCUCAGGGAUGCGCAGUGACAUCACUCCUCGUUAUCGUGCUUCUAGCAUGGUCUUCAAGCACCAGCGUGGAACAAAAGACCUUGGAUUUAAUGAGGAGAGAGCCUCUAAUUGAUGGACACAACGAUCUUGCCCUGCAAUUGCGAAUCAACUACAACAACAGGCUGAGCACCAUUGACUUACACAACCUCUCAAAAACCCACACUGACAUUGAGAGACUGAAAGCAGGGCAUGUGGGAGCACAGAUGUGGUCAGCCUAUGUGCUGUGCAGCUCUCAGGACAAGGACGCGGUGAGGUUGACUCUGGAGCAGAUUGAUGUGAUCAAACGCAUGUGCAGCAACUAUGAGGAGCUGGAGCUGGUCACCUCCUCCACAGCUGUCAGGGAAACAAAGAAGAUUGGCUGCCUCAUUGCGAUAGAAGGAGGCCACUCCAUUGACAGCAGCCUGCCAGCCCUCCGCAUGUUCUAUGACCUGGGUGUUCGCUCGCUCGCUUUAACCCACACGUGCAACACUCCAUGGGCAGAAACAUCAUCCACCAUUCACAGGGUUCACCAGAGGGAUAUCAGCUUGACUGAAUUUGGCAAGCAGAGCGAUCACAUGACCUUAACACUGCAGUAUUGUCAGAGCUCGCACUUUACAUCCUGCCUACAGGAGGUUGUAAAGGAGAUGAAUCGUCUGGGGAUGAUGAUUGACCUGUCCCACUCCUCCGUGUCCACAGCCAGAGCCGUGCUCCUCAUCUCCCGGGCGCCUGUCAUCUUCAGCCACUCCUCCGCCUCCGCUGUCUGCAACAGCCCCAGAAAUGUGCCCGAUGACCUGCUGCAGCUGCUGAAAGAGAACAGAGGCAUUGUGAUGGUGAACCUGUACAGCCAGUUUGUGGCCUGUGGGAACAAAGCGAACAUCGCCACAGUAGCAGAUCAUUUCGACCACAUCAAGAAGAUUGCUGGUCCUGAAUCAAUAGGAAUUGGGGGUGAUUAUGAUGGAGCUAGGGGGUUUCCGGAAGGCCUUGAAGACGUUUCAAAGUACCCUGCUUUGAUCCAAGAGCUUCUGCAAAGGGACUGGACUGAGCAAGAGCUGGCCGGAGUUCUGAGAGGCAACUUCCUCCGUGUGUUUGAACAAGUGGAACGAGUGAGAGAUGAGCUUCAGGCAGAGCCAGCAAGUGAAAAGGAGAUUUCACUGAAAGAAGUAGACAACCCAUGUCGUUCAAACCUCAGGACAUUACUCCCCAGCUCCGGCUCUCUCGGCAGACAUCACCCUUCUGCUUCUUUACCUCUUCCUUUCUUAUUGUUUUUUCUUAUCGUGUUAUGAGAGAUUACUCGUGUUGUAAUAUGUUUUUUGUUUGUUUGCACAAAACCCCACAAAAUCAAUGAGGAAAUGCCUUAGUAUAUUCAUAAAUAUAAUAUUAGUAAAAGUCAGAAGUCUAUUGCAAAUGUAACAAGUGCUCAUUGGAAGAAUGUAUUGGAUUUUAAACAGCCUUCACCUGUGUCAAUGAGAAUGUUUAGCUUAAAAAGUACCUUUCCAUUGUUCUUGUGUUGCUCCAAUAUUGAGAUGUAUUUAAUAAACUUGCUUUGUACUGUAUAUAAAACAUUGUUUUGAGAAAAGAAAGACUGUAAAACAA